AUGAUCGCUUCUCGUCAAAGACAGGAUAAGGAUGCUCAAUGUGACCUUUAUUCUGUUCUUGCAGACGCACUAGACUCCGAGAGUGGUGGUCUUCGACAGAGCGAGCUUUGGGCUGAAGCAAAUAUUUUCCUAGUCGUAGCUGGAGAUACCGCAAAAACAGCACUCACUGUUGUUUUCUUCUAUCUAUCACGUAAUGACGGCUGCUACAAGAAACUAGCGCAUGAGAUCCGAUCCACCUUUGCAGUUGGGAGCGAGAUCCGGGGUCCGGCUUUGGCAACUUGUCAUUACCUCCGGGCCUGCAUUGAUGAAGCUCUACGAAUGUCCCCCCCUGCCGCUGGUGAUCAACCUUUCAUUGUCGACGGGCAUGCAAUCCCUCAGAGUACUGCAGUGGGCGUGAACAUCUAUUCAAUCCACCACAACGCGGAGUACUUCCCCGAUUCAUUCACCUAA